AUGUAUAACACAGAGGACGGUCACGAGAAGAGGGCCGAGAGAGGAGGGCCGAGAGAGAAGGGCCGAGCGAAGAGGGCCGAGAGAGGAGGGCCGAGAGAGGAUGGUCGAGAGAGGAGGGCCGAGAGAGAAGGGCCGAGAGAGAAGGGCCAAACGAAGAGGGCCGAGAGAAGAGGGCCGAGAGAGGACGGUCACGAGAGGAGGGCCGAGAGAGGAGGGCCGAGAGAGAAGGGCCGAGCGAAGAGGGCCGAGAGAGGAGGGCCGAGAGAGGAGGGCCGAGAGAGGAUGGUCGAGAGAGGAGGGCCGAGAGAGAAGGGCCGAGCGAAGAGGGCCGAGAGAGGAGGGCCGAGAGAGAAGGGCCGAGCGAAGAGGGCCGAGAGAGGAGGGCCGAGAGAGAAGGGCCAAGCGAAGAGGGCCGAGAGAGAACGGUCACGAGAGGAGGGCCGAGAGAGGAGGGCCAAGAUGGCCUCUGAUAAGAAAAGAGCCACAACUACUGACCAUGUUGUGAAUUACUGCAAGGAUAUAGAAUAG